AUGGUGAAACGGCCACCGGUCGAGGAGUGGUCAAGGGCCGAAUUAGAGGACCACUUUCACGAGGUUUUCCGGGAGAAUAUUGAUUUACAGCUGAAGACGAGCAGUUUGAACAAGCAGCUUUCACAAAUAAGUGCCCGUUUCCGUCGACCCGACUCGAAAACGGAAGUUCGGACGGUGCCAUUCGAACAAUAUGCUGAUUUGGAGAAAGAUCGGCAACUUUUGCAGAUAAAGCUUCGUAGCCUUCGUCAUCAACUUCUCACCUACACCCAUCCGACAGCGAGACCGCACACGGCAAAUGUGAUUACGGGUCGAUCAAAUCUCGGCCAUCCGGCGACGAAUCUCCGGCCGACAUCGGCGCAAAGCAGACGGCUCAAUCAAGAGCAAAUCAGAUCAUUUCGUGUCACGGAAACGAUUGUCGCCGAAAAGGCGACACUCAUCAAAUUGAAUAGGGAUUGUCGUGAAAAAGAUGGGCAAUUGAUUGAGAAAGAGAUACAAAUCAAGAAUAAAGAUAAAAAAAUCCACCAAUUGACGAUGGAUCUGGAGGAACGUGAGCGAAAAAUCCGAUCAAUUGAGGCAGAGAGUCGAUCUUUCCGGGAAACUGGCAGAAAUCUCGAGGAAAAUGGGAAUUUCUUGGGUGAAAAGUCAAUUUGCUUGAAAUGUGCCGACUCGGCAGAGUUGAGAGCCGAGAAUUCGCUGCUGAAACAGGCGAACGAGAGACUCAUUGCACAGACGUUGGAUCAAAAAAUCGACGGCGGCGCAUUGGAGAUCGUCGAAAUCGAGAAGAAACUCGUGGCGAAUGAAGAGGAAUUGAAAGAGACGAAAAGACAAUUACAGGAAACCGAACGCCGGCUGCGAAAAGAGCGAAAUGAGACGGAAAAUCUGAAGAAAAUGAUGAAUAAACAGAGAUCACAAAAGGAAAAUCAAGAAAGAGUCGUUUCAGAGAGAAGUGAAAGAGAUCAUCAACUUGACUACCUCGAUCGUUUGGAUAAAUUGGCGAAAUUGGAAAAACGCAAAGGAAAAAAAGAGAAACAAGGCGACGAUGUGUUGGAGAGAUUGUGGAAAGAUGUGUCUGCAUUGAUUGGUGAUCAUUCAACACAAGAAGACUCCUCAUCCACAUCAAAUCAAUCACCAAUUGCACAAAAUGCACAAAAAUGGGAACAACUCUACGCUGAACUAUAUGAUGAGUUGGAAAAGGUGCGCAAUUUGUUGCUUCUUCAACACGAAAUCAAUCAAAAACAAGGAAAAGAGAUGUCACUUUUACAAGGAGAAAACGACCGACUUCGAGAUGAGGCUGAGCAGAGAAUUUGUGAGAUACGAGAUCAAUUGGCUGAACGGAAUAAAAAAAUUGUCCUCCUCGAGUCACAAAUUCGCGCGAUCGCCUACGGGAAACAACGGCUCCGUCCCAUUUUGAGCGCCGAUCCAAUUCAAUCAGACGCCGAUGCAAGCAACGAGUUGACACUGAGAUUCACUCAGGUGAUCCUCUCAAAAGAUUACCUUUCUUCGUUUGGUCCGAGUUUCUUCUUUUCGAUCGAAUUUUUCGAUUUUGAGCUGCAGACGACAAAUGUCCUUUCUGGUGACCGUGUUCCCCUCAAUUACACUUUUCUCUACAAUGUCGUUGUUUCGAAGUUGUUCCUUCAUUAUAUUCAAACGGACGGUCUCCAAGUUGAAAUGUAUCGGCCGAAUGGUGGAGUGAAAUGCGAUCAUUUGGGCUCAUCCGUCCUGUCACUGAAAUCGUUGAUCAAUUCCAGGACUGGGAAAUAUGCGGGAGAAUUAAAAAUCCUCUCCCUUGAAAACGGUCAUCCAAUCGCAACCAUCAAUUACGAGUUGGCGAUUGCGAGAGAUUUGACGAAAUCGCUGAAUUCAUAUGCGAGCCAAGAGACCGCACAGAAGAUGCUCACCGUGAAGACAGAAGAGAAAGAGAAUCGAAUCGAUACCCUUUCCAUCACGAUCCACCGGUGUUCCCAAAUCGAUUUCAUCAAAAAGGAAAACGUCGACUUGGCGGUGGUUUACGAGUUUCUCGCCUUUUCCCCAUAUUUCACCGACUUUGUAAGAGUCGAGAAGGGAAAGGCCGAAUUCAACAACAAAAGAGACUGGGCGCUGAUGCGAGGCGAGAAUUUGGGGAAAAUGCUCGAUGAGGGGGAAAUCUCAAUUUUCCUCGUUGAAUCCGAUCCGAAAGCGGGCGAAGACGGAGUACUGGCGAUGACGGUGAUCCCAUUGGGGGCAUUGGUUCAUGGGAAAUCGAUUAGGGGAACGUUUGCGAUGAUGAAGCCAAACGGCAAUCGAACAGGCGUUAUGCUUGAUUUGAGUGUGCAUUGGAAAUUUGCGCCUGAUUUCCUCACAAAACCCCCAACGAUCCCAAAAGAAGAGGUGAUUGUGGAGAGAAAAGACGAAAAACCGAGAAAAGUUGAGCACCUCCCUCCUCAUCCGUCCCCUCCUCCCCCUCUCUCCUCUCCUCCACCAACUUCUCCACCCCGUGCUCAUCUCGCCCAUUCCUCGUCAUCAACUUUCUCAUCAUCUUCAUUCGAAUCGACUUCUGCAAAAGAGCACAUAUUCGAGGAGGUUCAACCACCACAAUUAGCCGAUCAAGCCUCAACCCCGUCCACUUCUCGAUCCUCUCAAGAAACGGUGAUCCUCGACGGUCCAUCCACGCAUUUACACGAGAUUGAGGAGCCGCAACCCCCUAAAGAGCCUCCACAACCAGUUCCGAGAAGGUCAAGUUCCGGGAAUGGUGGAUCGACGAAGAGUGAAGCACCUGUCGAACCCGUCAAAAUUCCAUCACCUAUAGCUUCUUCUCCUGAUAUGAUCAAGGACCCUUUCCCAGUCGUCACUCCACCAAAAUCCCCAGCUUCGUCAAAAUCCGAAGACGAAAAGGACUUUAUCAAACGCGAUCCCGAUACCCCAAUGGUUUCCGAAGAGGAAAAGGAGAGCUCAUCGAGUUCGUCAAGUGGCCAUUUAAAGGAGCCAACACCGGUCAAGGAGCACGAGCUGUUGGGCGAACUGCCGCCGAUUGCCGCGCCGAGGCUGACAAGGCCAAAACUCAACGAGACGACCAACGCUGAGAGAGAGACGAAGCUGAAGUUCACCGAUCCGCUGCAUGAUUCGAUUCCACCUUCGGACACCUCAGAACUCGGCUCAACUCCACGAAAAGCUCCGAUCGAGUUGAGAGAAGCUGAGGGAAAGAGCAAUCUGGCCUAUAGGGAUAUUAGAGAACCGAAAGCGCGUGAAGUGAUCGAUGCUUGGUUGAAGAUUCGCGUCGAGGCGCUGUAUGUGCACGAGGAUUCGAUUCUCCUCCAUCCUGAAUUCAAUUCACUCAAUGUUUAUGUGGAUUGGUGUCUCCUCGAUUUCCCGGUCGAAUCUUGUCGUGUCACCCCAUCAGUGGCCCUUCCCCGAAAAUCCACUGAAGCUGCCAUGUUCAACUUUGAGAAAAAAUUCGAUUUGGACAAUCGCCGUUGUGUGCUUUUGGCACAAUGGAUGCGACUCGGCAAUCGGCUCGAGUUCAAUCUCAAUACCGAUCAGGGGGAUGACAGUGACGAGUUGGCGGUUGCCUCUGUUGAGAUGUCUCCCUUCAGUCGACAAGAUCGAUUGACGAUUGCUUUGUACGAUGUGAAUGGAGAACAUGUGGGUGAUCUGGAUGUGGGUAUUGAGUACUCGGAUUCGUUGAUUGAAGAGGUUCGACGAGAACACGAAGAGGGCGAGAAUCAGCAUCAAAGACGACAUUUCGGAAAUGUUAAUGAAGAGGAUGAGGAAGAUGAGGAAAUCGAAGAAGAAUUGAUUGAGGAACACAGCAUA